GGUCGGGGCCGGGGAGCCCCGCGAGCCGCCGCAGCGGGGUCCCGGGGCCGCGGAGGGGCCAUGGCCGCCGGCGGCAUCACCACGCUUCCCACACUGCCGGAGGACGGCGACCCCGUCUUCCCGCCCGGCCACUUCAAGGACCCCAAGCGGCUCUACUGCAAGAACGGGGGCUUCUUCCUGCGCAUCCACCCCGACGGCCGCGUGGACGGCGUCCGCGAGAAGAGCGACCCACACGUCAAACUACAACUCCAAGCAGAAGAGAGAGGGGUUGUGUCUAUCAAAGGAGUGUGUGCAAACCGGUACCUUGCUAUGAAGGAAGAUGGACGGCUGCUGGCUUCCAAGUGUGUUACAGAAGAGUGUUUCUUUUUUGAACGGCUGGAAUCUAAUAACUACAACACUUACCGGUCCCGGAAAUACUCCAGUUGGUAUGUGGCACUGAAGCGGACUGGGCAGUAUAAACUCGGAUCCAAAACAGGACCUGGGCAGAAGGCCAUACUGUUUCUCCCGAUGUCUGCUAAGAGCUGAUUCACUUCAGAAACUGUUAAGGAGAGAAAAGAAUGUAUACAACUAAGUUUGGACACCUGGUUUGAUAACUCAUUAUGUAACAGUAAAACACUUAACCAUUACCUCAGUAAAGAAAAACAAGUUUUGGAAAAAA